AUGUCGAAGUCGGAACCGUCUUCUCAGGAGCUACCCAACGGUACCAGUACCAGCCGGAGUGCGACCGUACCUGUGUUGGAACAGCUGCAAACAGGUGCGCAAGUAAUUGUUGGAAAUCACCGAGUAGAAAUCAUCGGAUACCUAGCUGAGGGUGGUUUUGCACAGAUAUACGUUGUGCAGUUUGUGGAAUAUGCAAAUGAGCUGGAAAAACAGCCGGCAAUUACGCUUGCCGUGGGCGAACGGGCGUGUUUGAAGCGAGUCUUGGUCACAGACGAAAACGGCUUAAACGAAAUGCGUAACGAAGUGAGUGUUAUGAAGCAAUUGUCUGGCAGGCCCAACGUGGUGCAAUACUACGACUCACAUGCAUCGCGGUCGCGGGACGGCGGCGUAGGGUUCGAAGUGAUGCUGUUGAUGGAAUUGUGCCCGAACAACUCGCUCCUGGACUAUAUGAACCAGCGGCUGGCCACGAAACUUUCGGAACCUGAGAUUGUCAAAAUCAUGUUUGAUGUGAGCCGUGCUCUUGCUCAAAUGCACCACUUACCGGUCCCGCUCAUACAUCGCGACAUCAAAAUUGAAAACGUUUUGGUGGACGCAGAAAACAACUUCAAACUGUGUGAUUUUGGUUCCACUUCCACUUGUCUACCCGUUGCCAAUACGCAUCAGGAGAUUGCAAUUCUGACCAAUAACAUAUACAUUCAUACCACGCCACAGUAUCGGUCGCCGGAAAUGAUCGAUCUGUACAGGUGUCUUCCCGUGGACGAAAAAUCAGACAUUUGGGCGCUGGGCAUUUUCUUGUACAAAUUGCUCUUCUACACCACGCCUUUCGAGCUUACGGGGCAGUUCGCCAUUUUGCAUUCCAAAUACGAGUUUCCUGUCAACAACUACUCAUCCAAACUGAUAAACUUGAUCAUCAUUAUGCUAGCCGAAAACCCCAAUUUGAGACCAAACAUUUACCAAGUCAUGGACAUCAUGUGCUCCAUUUUGAAGGUUCAAAACCCAAUAGAAGAUAGAAACCAGCAAGGACCUUAUCGUUUUGACAAAUAUGCGCAGUACCAAGCCAAGUUACAAAAAAUACAAUAUCAAAUGUAUGUGUCGUACGAAAACAAGGAACGUACUGACACCUUCAAUGACCUCUUUAUCAAUUGCUUCGAAAUUGCCCCCAAGCAGCCUGUGAACAUGGGACGCAAAAGCAGUGCCUUCUCAGAGGCUUCGGAAUCAUCGAAAAAGAGCAAUGUACAAGAGUCUCUAGCUCCGUCAAACCAAAACAAGUCGGUUGGCGAAGAAGAUAUAGGUCUUGUGCAGCAGCAGUUCCCUUCCGUAGACGAUCUGGAUACUUAUCUACCUGAAGGCGGGAAACGGGAUAGUGCUACAAAUAAUUCGAACACGACGGCCAGCGUCGGUGCCAGUUCGCGUUCGUCUAGUAAGAUUGACUUGGCAAAACCUUUGGAUGAAUAUACACAGCAGACGCAGGAUCUACCGCCACAAGCUGGUACCUCGAAAAUCACGCGCGACGCAACGGCACGAUCCUCUCUGUCAACAAAGCAGCACAAGUCUAAGAAUCCCUUUCCGUACAUUCAGCAAGAUGAUUAUGAUGUCGAGUCUAAUGUGAAUCCUGUUUUCAAUGCAGAAAAUUCAAAGACUGAUGUCGACUCGCGAUAUUUUGAGCAGUCUAGUGUUCCUAAUCCGGUGGCCCGCAGUCAGCCUGAACCUCAUCAGCCGAAUGCGGGUUACAAACCUGAGCAGCAAGGCAAUGUCAUGGGAUCUUAUAAUCCUUAUUAUGGCGGAUCUUCAACACCUGUGCCGAAUAACACACUAGAGAAUCCAGUUCCGUCGCACUACGCAUACCACACGAAGGGCGACAAACCAGAGGCUUCCUUACCAACACAAAGACAACAACUGCCCAUCUCCAAUCCUCAACAGUCCCGCGUCCCGGACAAGGAGGAGCUUCUGCUUGACUUUUCACAAGCAGAAAGAAAAGAGUUUCAAAAGCUGGACUUGACCUUCGACAGCGUUGAUCUUUCGACCCCACCAAAGGACGGGGCGAAGGACAGCACCAACGUCUCGGAGCAGAGUCUUGCAUCGACCGAAAGUUUCCCCGUACAGUUACGUCGUAAGACCCCGCUCAAGACCUCUGCGUCCGGCGAUAAGUUGUCACAGACCACUUCUGGACGGCGUUCUUUGGACCUAAAAUUUCAAGAAAUGGACUUCUCCUCUCCUCCCAUGGAUGCAAAACUACAGAAAACUAAGACUGUGACCAGCCAGCCUCGAAGAAGCAAUGGUGGUGCUGGUAGUAACAACAGCGACUCAAAAAGGUCUUUUGCUCAUGCGAGAAAGUCGCUCGAUUUGGACCGUGCCAAACGGGAAAUGAACUCCACCACCGAGAACACUGCAAGCAAACGCAAGUCGUUUUUUGGCAAGUUCAAAAGCUGA